AUGGCCAUGCGUCCUACCAGCCGUGACGGUUUUGAAAUCGCAGUAGUGUGUGCUCUGCCCCUAGAGUACGAUGCUGUGGCGCUUGCUUUCGACGAAUUCUGGGACGAAGAAGACGACAAGUACGGAAGAGCCCAGGGCGACACAAACACCUAUACGACCGGCCGAAUUGGACAUUAUAAUGUCGUCCUCGCACUCCUGUCAGGUAUGGGUAAGGUUAAUGCGGCGAGUGCUGCGGCAAGCCUGCGAUCCAGCUACACAGGCCUAAGGCUGGCCCUUUUGACAGGGAUUUGUGGUGGAGUCCCCGGCCUAGGGACUGAAAAUGAGAUCAUUCUGGGCGACGUCGUGAUCAGUAAGACGGUCGUUCAGUAUGAUUUCGGGCGACAAUAUACAGACAGGUUCAUCCGAAAGGAUACCGUGGAUGACAAUCUUGGGCGACCAAACAAAGACAUCCGAUCUCUGCUGGCUACAACGCAGACAAACCUUGUGCGUGAACGUCUUCAGCUGGCAGCUUCGCUAUUCCUCGACCAGAUCCAGAAGAAAGCGGCAAAGAAACGACGUUCCGCAAAAUAUAAACGUCCCCCUUCGUCCGAAGACAAGCUUUUCAAGCCGAAAUAUGUGCACAUGCAUCAUGAAAGAACUGAUUGCGGCUGCGGCUUGCAAGUUUGCGAGACGGCUCGGGCCUCAUCGUGCGACGAGCUCCAUUGCGACAUAGCUGAGCUGGAGCGACGAGAAAGACUCGAUGAGAUGGACGAGUUGGAGAGAAAUGGCACAGGCGGCGACAGCCAGGAGUUCGAGAUCCACAUUGGCAGCAUUGCAUCAGGCGAUACGGUGAUGAAGUCUGGCGCAGAUCGCGAUAGGAUCGCUCAGGAGCUAAACGUUAUUGCCUUUGAAAUGGAAGGGGCCGGUGUGUGGGAUGAAGUGCCAUGCAUCGUCGUCAAGGGCGUCUGUGACUACGCGGACAGUCACAAGAACAAGAAGUGGCAGACAUACGCCGCUGCAACAGCCGCAUCUGUGAUGAAAGCCCUCCUGGCACGCUACAUCCGAACGGACAGAGACGCAGUCGAUCACAAUAGCAGAGAGGCAACGACCACGCCCUCCGGCAGCCAGGGUCCAAUCUUCAACGGGGCCAUCACAGGAAAAUAUGUGGUUGCAGGGCAACACACGAGCGGAGGAGUCACGAACAUGAACUUUGGCAAUUGA